AUGAUCCCCAUGACCAGCGAGGAGGGUCUUCGAUCACUGCCGCCCGCUGUUCGACGAAAGUUUUUCUCCAACGUCGAGCGCUUGCGUAUACGGGAAGCCCAGAACGAUGGAGACGCCGCGAUCCACUCCACAGACUACCGCAACUAUAGCCCCCAUAUGCACCAACAUCCACAUCUCCAGAAUCACCACCAAUAUCAUCCUCGCACUAACGGGUCCUGUCUCCGUGGAGAAUCUGGCCCCUUCCAUCGUGAUCUUUCUCCUCACUGCCCCUCACUCUACUGGCAUUCUCUCCUUUCUUCUCCAUCACACCCUCGUGCCUUGCGAAACGCAUCAUCCACCUCCCUCCCUAAACCGAGGGUUCGUCGCCUAGACAAAGGACCCAAAAAUCCCCGAAGAUCGGCGGCUGCGUCCCGAAAAUUGCGCACGCCCGACGCUCUACAUCUGGCCUAUCUCGUGGCCCAAGCCGACUCGCAAUGCUUUCAUGCUCUUCCCACUAAAGUCCAGCAACAACUAUUCUCGCCCGAAGAACGCCGUCGUCUUCGUCACGCCCAUCACCAAAGUAUCAUUCUAGACGCAGCAGACGAGGUCCUCUACCGUCGACCUCGUUUACUCCGUCGGCAGAGUUCUAGCGAGAGUUUCCCGUCCGAGAACACCCUUCCAGUAUCCCAGGCGGAUACGGUGUUCUACGACUCCGACUCGGAUUACGAGUCCGACGACAGCAUGGAUCCCGCCUUUUAUGAGAGCUUUCGAUGGCUCAAUGAGGAAGCCGACCUCGAUCUGGCGCUGGACGAAUAUCAUGCACAUGUCGCCGAUGCAGCCGCCAAGUCCAAAACCCGCCGUCGCCCAUCUUUUCGCCGCUCUCUUUCCUUCUCCACCCACGCCUUGAAGCAGCAUCGGACAUCUCCUUCAAUGCCCUCCCGAUCCCGUCACUUGGCAUCCUUCCAACAUGCGGUGAAACCCGCCACGACGACUAUCGAUCCCGCCGCGCAAUACUAUCAAGAUCCCGAUGCGCGGCUCAAGCUGCGAGUCUACCUGGCCUCCCCUCAAAAGUUUGACGAGGCCAUCGAGUUUGGUUUCCCAUCAGGGGAGCAAGAAAAGGAGGUUGCGGUACCGAAAGACGACGGUCCGGAUCUCGAAUUCGGGAGUGGCCCUCCCAGCUCGCCGACGGUAUUCGGUGACGGGACGGGUACCUUUUUCGAGGACGACGAUGGAACUGUCGUCGGUUCACCGAGUGGAUCCAUCGAAGAACCGUCGAUCUCACGGGUCCCGUCUCACGUAAGAGAUACCGCCCGUCCAUCGACGGAUACGCCGUCUUUGUUACAAUGUCGACAGUCCUUCCUGCCCAAUUCUACGUCUUUCCCAAGACGAUUACCAGGAAACCGAGAGAUGACUCUUAAGAUGACCCUGACGCGCCCGGAUCUACGGACAGAGUCUCCGACGCCGUCCACCGGGCGCGCAUCGGAAGAUCCGCUCCGACUGGCGGACUUGCCCCCUCCUGAUCGGACGCAGAUGAUCUGGGAUCAGGAUGAGGAGGAUCAUGGGGUAGUGAGGAAGAUGUGGCGUAGACUUCGUCGACGUGUAUGA